ACGUAGCCUAGUCCGUAUUCCUCCUUAUAGCCAUCCAGAGGCCUUAAUCAGGCUUAAUCAGGGAGGACGGGGGGUCUAGGCGGUGAAAAUCUUAGUGGCAUGUCAAAAAAGGGCACGAGGCAAGCGAUAGGGCGAGUAUAGCCGUGUUCUAAUACACUUAAUCUAGACUGUACUUUUGGAAGCAGCCAUCUACGUAAGUGGGAAGACAAUGAUUACUGCGCUACGAAAUUGGCUUUCUCACACCGGUCUAUUCGCCAAUUUAUUAUUUGAUGAAUGUAUGAGCAUGACAUUCUAAUAGCAGUAUACUCUGCCGGCUCUAUUCCGAAAUUGUCAUCACCUUUGUUAUUUCACAUCAAGCGAUAGUCUCUUCGCUUGAGUUAGUUCGUGGCGUCGUGGCGAGGAGUCUUUAAUUAGUCUCCAUUUCUCCAACUUCAGUCUAGAAUAGCCCAUUACUAGUGUCCCAUGGGGUUCGGGAUAACCUCGAACGAGAUCAGAGUCGUGGCUAGCUUAAUUAAAAUUUAGAAAGAUAUUAGGUCAGUUCUUCAGGUGAGGAGAUAGUCUUGAUAGUCUUGACCCAGAAGAUGCGGUAUAUUGAUCUUCACCGCAUCAUCAAUCUGUUAAAUCAAUAUGGCUGAUUCCGACCUAGCACAACUUCUCCGAAAUGCCGUUCCGUCGAAUGCGCAUAAGGGCUUAGUUGAAUCAGUAAUACCGAGUCUCAUCACUUGCGUCUCGGACAUCGCACAGGCCCUUAGGAAAUCACAUCAUGUGGCGCGGGCAGGAAGCGCCAAUGCGUUUGGUGACGAUCAACUAAACGUGGACGUCAUAGCUGAGGAUCUCAUCCGAAAAGCGAGCUCGAAAUGUCCUUUCAUCGUCACUGCGAGCAGUGAAGAAGACCCGGUGGAAAAAAACACACAAGAUACUGCAGCCGGCGAUAUCCCCGAAGAGCAUUAUACACUCGCCUUUGAUCCUCUAGAUGGUAGCUCUAUUAUUGCAUCGAACUGGACUGUGGGAACUAUCAUCGGUGUCUGGCAAGGCAAGACAGCCCUCAAUCAACCACCGGCAAGCAAACAGGUCGCCUCGAUUCUUGGCGUCUAUGGCCCGCGUACCACUGUUAUCGUCGCACUGCGCGUACCCGGAUCUGCACCAGCUUGUCUUGAGCUCGGAGUCGGCGAUAACGGUACCGAGAUUAUUCGACCAUCUGUUCGUCUUGCCGAGGCACCAUUCAAGACGCGCUAUUUUGCGCCCGCGAACUUGCGCGCCGCGGCUGAUGACGCGAAAUAUAUGAGUCUAGUCACGCAUUUCAUCCAGAACAAAUACGCCCUCCGAUACAGCGGUGGUCUUGUUCCGGAUGUCGUCCACGCGCUGGUCAAGGGCCAUGGUGUUUACAUAUCGCCGGUAACGGCGGCAAGUAAAGCGAAGCUAAGACGUUUGUUUGAAUUAUUCCCCUUAGCCCUGGUCGUCGAGUGCGCGGGCGGAAAGGCAGUUGACCCGGCGGAUGGGACGAAUAUUUUAGAUAGACAGUUGGAAGAUCUGAAUGAGACGGCGGGGUUGGUGUGUGGCACGGCCGAGGAUGUUGAUUUCGUCAAGAAUGCUCUUCUAAACUAGAAAAAGAGACUACUACGAGACUUCGGGAUAGAUGAUUGAAUUAGCUUAGAGGCUAGAUCUAGAUAAACACCCUUAGAAAUUCAACUAGAGCGAUGAUAGCCAU